AUGGAGAUAUACCAAUGUUGUGUUGCGCCUAUUGGCUUGGCAGGAAUGCCAGGUGUCUGGUCCCGACUUAUGCGGGUCCUCUUCGAUAAAUUUGACUUCGAGGUUGCGUACCUUGACGACAUUUGCGUCUUUUCCAAGUCGAACGCAGAUCACAUUCGACAUCUGCGCGAAGUGUUUAAGGUACCGUGCCAAGAGAAGCUCUACGCACAUCGGGGAAAGUGCUCUUUUGGCAAGGACAGUGUAGCGUUUUUAGGCCAUGCAAUGUCAAAGAAUGGCUUGAGGGUGGAUCAGCGGAAGACAACAGCUAUUGAGCAGAUGAAGGCACCAAGCACGCGGAAAGAACUAUUGAGCUUUCUCGGAUUAGCUGGAUACUAUCGACGGAUAAUCUGUGCUUUUGCACAAAUUGCACUACCCCUUACGAAGCUCGUUAUAAAGGAAGUGCGGUGGGAGUGGUCGCACAAUCAAGACAAAGCAUUCCGCGACGUAAAGGUCGCCCUACAAUAA